AUGCCCACUUAUGCAAAAUUCAUGAAGGAGCUUCUGACUAAGAAGAGAAGAUUAACUGAUGAUGGAAUAGUGGAGUUAGAGGCAGGAUGCAGUGCAAUCAUUCAGAAAUCCAUACCUCAAAAAUCUAGAGAUCCUAGUAGCUUUACCAUUCCAGUCACCAUUGGAAGAUUACUUGUGGGAAAAGCAUUGUUAGAUUUAGGGGCAAGCAUUAACUUAAUGCCCUUAUCUAUGAUGAGAAGGAUUGGUGAUCUAGAAGCUAGGCCUACUAGGAUGACUCUUCAAUUGGCAGACAGGUCAGUGAAAUAUCCUCAUGGGAUAGUGGAAGAUGUGCUGGUGAAAGUAGAUAAAUUUUUCUUUCCAGUGGAUUUUGUGGUGAUGGAUAUGGAAGAAGAUAGAGAAGUGCCAUUGAUUUUGGGUAGACCGUUCAUGAAGACUGCAAAAGUAAUAAUUGAUGUAGAUGAUGGUAAUUUGAAGGUGCGAGUGCAGGAUGAUGAAGUCAAUUUUAAUGUUUUUGAGGCUAUGAAGUAUCCAUGUGAGCAAGAUGAGUGUAUGAGAGUGGAUGUGAUUGAUGAUUUAAUUCAUUCCACUAGGAAGCAGUUGCAUAGUUCUAGUCCUUUGGAGAAAGCACUCAUGGAUGCCUUGGAAGAUUUGAAUGAGAAGGAGGAAAAAGAAAUUGAAGAGGGUUUGAGGGAUCUUGAUUCUGCAAAAGAGAUUCUUCCAGAAAAAGUGAAGAUUGAAGAAUUGGAGAAAAGUGCAAACAUGGAAGUGCUAAAACCAGAAUUGAAGAUGUUGCCACCACAACUUAAAUAUGUAUUUUUGGAAGAGGGUGGAAAUAAACCGGUUAUCAUUAGAAAUUCUUUGACUCCCUCUGAAGAAGAACAAUUAGUUAAUGUGUUGAAGAAAAAUCAAGAAGCUAUAGGUUGGACUUUAGCAGACUUGAAGGGUAUUAGUCCUUCCUACUGCAUGCACAAAAUUCAUAUGGAGCAGAACUAUAAACUUGUGGCUUGUUGA